GGUGGUAGUGUGUUGUCUCUUUCUCGAGUUGCUCUAUCGUUCUUCUCUUUGGUCGAGUGGGAGUCCAGGCCCAAUUUUGGGCGCUGAUGCCAUGGAUGGAAGCAAGUUCCUGGGUCACCCGGACCAGGCGGCGUGCGUGAGAUAUUGGAGCACUCCGGGGAAGAGGCCGCUGCCGGAGAACCUGAGCCGCAUGCUGCGGGAGGUGGCAGAUGCUGGCCCAGAACAAGACACCUUUCACUGGCUGGAGGUCCAAUGGAACUGCGACAUUCUCAGACAGGAGGAACAAGUUCACCUGCUGCUUAUGCGCUAUGUACAUGUUGCGAGGAAACGCCAUGCUGCAAGGUACAUCCUGCAAGAACGUGCCUACCAUGUGGCCUGCUGGUAUCUUCGUUGGCUGAAGGUGGCCUAUUGGGAAGUGGAGGGCAUCUCGAUUGCCGCCGUCUUGGAUGCCUUCUUGAGGCGGCUGGAGGAGCCACACCUGGAGGCGCACACGCGGGGCAUCCUCAAACAUAUUGCAGCUCUCGAGAAGUUGGAUGUGCAGCACCCGCCAAAGCCAAAGGCAGAGGCGGAUUUGACGGAUCAGGAAAGGAAGGAGGUCACGCGCCAGUACCGAAUCAGAUUCAUACACGUCUUCCUCAUCGGCAACAUGAUCCGCCCGCAAAACCAGCGGUGGCAUCAGUGGAAGCUGGCGAUGCGGAGAAAGAGGAGACGGGAGGAGCUGGAGAGGAGGUUGCAGAGGUGCCCACAUGGGCUGACACGAAGCAACUUCUGCCUCUCGUGCCAGGGCUGCGAGCACGGCCUGAGGAAGAGCGAGUGCAAGGUGUGCAGCCGCUGCUCGCAUGGGAAGCCUGUGGGAAAAUGCGCGGUCUGCAACGCCUGCGCCCACGGCCUGGCGAAGGGGAACUGCGCCCAGUGCAACUUGUGCCCACAUGGGCGGCGCAAGGGCGCCUGCAAGCUGUGCAAUGGCUGUGAGCACGGCGAGCGAAGAGACCGCUGCGUGACUUGCAGCCCGUGCCCGCACGGCAAGUUGAAACAGGACUGCAAGACUUGCACCGGGUGCAAACAUGGCAAGCUGAAGCGCUUUUGCCAGAUUUGCUCCCAAUGCUGCCAUGGGAAGUACAAGCGGCUUUGCAAGAUCUGCUCCGGAUGCCGGCACGGCAAUCUCAGACAACUGUGCAAGCGUUGCACGGCAAGGCGGCGAAAUGCCCAAGGUCAGAGGGAGGGAGAAGAGGCACCUCCAAAUCAAGGCCUUCGGAAGAGCCAAGACUGCGAGCACAAGAAAAGGCGCUGGCUAUGCCGGGAAUGCAACCCAACCUGCGAGCACGGCAGACUACAGGGCCGCUGCUUCAAGUGCAACGAGGCCGCAGGCCUUGACGCCUGCCCACACGGCCACAAGAGCCCCAAAGAGGGUGUUUUCUGCUUGGAGUGCCACGGCUGCACACACAAGCGGUUGCGCUGGAUGUGCCGGGAGUGCAACCCCCCCUGCGAACACGGCAGGCUGCAGCGAUAUUGCCGCAAAUGCAAAGAGGCAGGCCUUGACGGCAAUGAGCCGUCCAGCGCCCGCACAAAGACGAGCGGGAAGCCCCCCACUUUUGACAAAACGACGGACAGGAAGCCCUCCGGCAAGCAGGGUGGGAGAAGUGCCGAGGCAGAGGAAGUGGGCCAGGGCAAGGGAAUUCGCCAAGCCAAGAAGAUGCGGCUGUGGAAGGGCUGUGAAGCCGGCUGUUGCAUACAGUCUGCUUCUUGCGGGAGUGGCGAGUUGGAGCUGGAACAGUCUAUGUGAUGUUGUACAUAUGCAGCUUGCAAUUCGCCACUGCAUGCCCCUGGACACAGAGAAGCGUCCAGCGUGAGCUGGUGGCAAGUUGAUUCAUGGGACCAUUGCGCCUGUUUGUCAGCGGGCCCUACCAGGUGCCAUUCGAUCCCUUGCAGUCGUUCACACGCACUGCAGCCGG